AUGUUAAUAAGCGAGGCACCUCCUCUGGGGGAGCUCUGGGAUCCUGAGGCAGCUGCAGAGAGGAGCCAGCCCCCGGCCUCGUGGCGACUCAGAAGUCCUCCCUCCAGCCUUCUUAGCCCUGCGGACCUGCGUCCUCGAUGCUCACUUCUCACCUUUGAAAGCCAAGCUGAGCUGGCACGCUUCCGGAGCUGGGAGUGUGUGCCUUCGGGGGCCUUGAAAAUGUUUAAGGGUGAAGUGACGACUUGCAUUCCGUGCCAGACACUGGCCACCAUAAUCACAUUUACGUCUCGACCCCACAGAGCAGUCCUGCUGAGCAAACACCUGGCCCUCACCUCUGCCACAGCCCUGCCCGAUACAUUUGUUGACGAGACCUGA